UUAAGCUUGAAGUUUCACAAAACUCAACUCUCAGAUUACAAUUCUGAUCGCAGAAUCUGAGAAUAAUCAUCGGCCAUCGAUGUCUGUAUUGUCUUUCACGCCACAUCUUCAAGUUCAUGUCAAUCCCAUACUCAGUCCCAAACCAAAACCAAAGCCAAAACUCAACAAACUCAGAAUUUCUUCGCUUCAAACAUUCGUAACUCCGCCUCCACAGCCCUCUUUUUCUGACCCUUUCGUGCUUCAAUUAGCUGACUCUCUUGAAGACUCUCUCCCUUCUUCUUCACAGCCUCUUCCUCUUCAGAGACUCAGAGACUUGUCCUCUCAAACCCUCCUCUCUACUCCUUGGCCCUCCCGUAAAGAUGAGCCUUUUCGUUUCACUGACACUUCUCUCAUUAAAAGUUCCCUAAUUGAACCCGUUUCUCACUCUGCGCAAUUUCUUGAUUCUUUGGAUGUUUCAGGUGAUACCCAGUUCCCCAAUCUUAUUUUUGUUGAUGGGUUUUUAAAAGAGUCUGUGUUGAAUUUGUCAAAUUUGCCUGAUGGAGUAUAUUUAGGUAGUUUGCUAAGGGCUUCAGAUAGAAUUAUGGAAAGGGUAAGUAAGUUUAUUGGUGAUUUUAAAUGGGGUGAUUUGUUUUGGUCAAUUAAUGGGAUGGGGGCACCGGAUUUAGGGGUUAUUUAUGUUCCUGCAGGAUGUAAGAUAGAAAUUCCGAUUUAUUUGAAGUAUUUUUCGGUUGAGGGAGGCAAUGAGGAGUCGAAAAAGUUGCCGAUAUCCAAUCCGAGGGUGUUUGUGUUGGUUGAGGAGGGAGGAGAGGUUGGUAUAGUAGAGGAGUUUGAAGGUAAAGAGGGGAAUGCGUGUUAUUGGGCGAAUUCGGUUUUAGAGGUGGUGAUUGGAGGAGGAGGGAAAGUUAGACAUUCUUAUGUCCAGAGUCAGUCUUUGAGAGCUGCUCAUAUCAAGUGGACAGCAGUGAGGCAGGAAUCAUCCAGUACUUAUGAGCUUGUAGAGGUAAGCACUGGUGGAAAAUUGAGCAGGCACAAUGUCCAUGUUCAACAACUUGGCCCAGAAACAGUAACAGAGUUGUCCACAUUUCAUUUGUCUGUCACUGAACAAACACAAGAUUUACAUAGUAGCCUAGUCUUCGAUCAUCCACGAGGUUAUUCUCGACAACUUCACAAGUGUAUUGUGGCCCAUCCGCAAGGACAAGCUGUUUUCGAUGGAAAUGUAAAGGUCAACAGAUACGCACAACAAACAGAUGCUGGACAACUAACGAGGAGUCUCCUCCUUGAACCUCGUGCAACCGUAAAUGUAAAACCCAAUCUCCAGAUUAUUGCUGAUGAUGUGAAGUGCUCCCAUGGAGCUGCUAUAAGUGACCUAGAAGAAAGCCAACUCUUCUACUUUCAAGCACGUGGUAUUGACUUAAAAACAGCUAGAAAAGCUCUUGUCUUUUCCUUUGGAGCUGAGGUGAUUGGACGUUUUCCNAUGAGAUAG